AUGGGCAUCUCCCGUUCCGCCACCUUUGCCAUAACGUAUCUAAUGUGCAUAGAGAAGAUGUCAUUGCACGACGCGUACAAACACGUGCAGUACUGCCGCAAUAUCAUUUGUCCAAACGUCGGCUUCUUUCAGCAAAUGAUCGAUCUCGAGCAAAAACUUUACGGGACAAAAACGGUGCGAAUUAUCGAGCCGAUUCCUGGAGUGAAAGUGGCCGACGUGGUAUGGAACGAGUUGUAUCAGGAGAUGAUGGAUAGUCUGAGUGAAGCUGAUCGACACUCCGUACGAUCAUACAACCCUCGACCUGAUUCGGUGAGUAGCAAUAACUAG